GCCAGUUCUUCGGGGGCGGCACGUGCCGGCCGUGCCACCACACGUGCGUCGCCUGCAGCGGCCCCAUGUCGGUGGAGUGCAGCCGCUGCCAGCCGGCCACCUAUCUGCACAACGGCCUGUGUUACCGGGACUGUCCGGAGGGCUUCUCUGCGGUGGCUGGCGUCUGUCAGCCGUGCCUGCACACCUGCCAGGAUUGCCGCUCGCAGGAGAGCUGCAGCUCGUGCCGGCCUGGCCUGCUCAUGAACAACGGCACCUGCGUGGCCGCCUGUCCCCAAAGCACGUACCGCUCCCUGGACGACUGCCUGCCGUGCGCGCCCACAUGCCUGACCUGCUUCGGGCCGCGGCCGGACGAGUGUGUGUCGUGCCACGCCAGCUGGCUGCUGGUGGCCGGCAGCUGCCACACCAGCUGUCCGAGCGGCUACUUCCAGACGCCUGCCGGCUGCCGCCGCUGCCACCGCACGUGUCGCACGUGCACAGGAAUUGAGCUGACCAGCUGCAGUUCCUGCCACGAGGGGUACCAGCUACUAAGCGGUGCCAACACAUGCGUUCCAUGCGGCGGCCGCGAGUAUUUUGAACCGCGCGCUAAGGUGUGCCGGCCGUGCUACGAGACGUGCGGCACGUGCCAGGGACCCGGCCCGCGCAACUGCACGUCGUGCGCUGGUGAGCUGCGACUCCAGCUGCCCCAGCACCGGUGUCUGCGCUGCUGCGACCAGCAGCGCCCGAGGACGGCGACGCCGGCCUCCUGCUGCCCGUGCGACCCCAGCCGCGAGCACUGCGUGCGCGGCACCCGCCGGCGCACCGCAGACAGCUACUUCCUGGCGCCGGAGCCGGCCACCUCCUCUUUCAACUGGUUCUACGUGCAGGGCGCCGUCUGGUGCGUCGCCUCGCUCCUCCUGUUCGGCGUCGUGUUCACCGUGCUGCAGUGUCGUGUGCUGAGUGGACGGCGUCACACCCCAGUGCUGGAGCUGGCCGAUGGCGACGAGCAUCUGGCGCUCACCGACUACCAGAACGAGGACCACAUGGAUGAGCUGAGCGACACGGACGAGGACCAUCUGGUGGUGUUCGACUCGCGGACUUAGCGGCCGGCGGGCCGGGCGGAGCGCAGGCCGGCACCCGGCCCACCGCCGCCAUCUAUUUUUGUAUCGAUGGCAUUAUACGUGUGAUCACAGUGAUGUGGAGUCUGGUGAUGAUAUGUGAUGUUCUGACCACCGACGGCCGCUGAUGUCGUCGGAGGUUGAGGCUUUCAUUUCGAUUUCCAUCGCGUAAGGACGGGCCAAUUUUACUUAGCACUGUCGGAGACGGGUGGGAACGGACACAAACAGAAUGCAAGGGCUAGUGCGAUUUCCUUGCUAUAACGUCCGAACAGUUAACGACAAGGUGUACAUCCACUGGCAGGCGCAGCCCAUUAUGAAGAGAGCACUGCGCCUCCGACAACUCACGCGGCUCGCGGCCACGACGGACCCCUACUUACCUAGGCCUGGUGGCGCCGCGGGGUGGCCCCGCCCGCCACCGCCGCCGCCGCCGGAGCCUGUAAUUGUCGGCUCGCCGCUGACGGGCGGAUGCGUGUGGACCAAGUUUGUCGUCGGCAGGGACUGGCGGUGGCGUUGCUGCCCGGUGGGACCGCUCGCGCUGCCUCCGGCGCCUUUCCUUGGGGGGGGGGGGGGGGAGCAACAGGGACGCGAGCGGUCGGGCUGCCCACUCGAGCCCGCGGCCAAACUGGCGUCAACGGCAGCGGUGAGCUGACUGGUUUCUGAGAGCGUCAUACUGACGCCGACGUCGAAAGGCGAGAGACCGAUGACCGCAUUUUCGACGAUCUAAAUCGCCCUUUACACCCCGGAUGGCGGUGUCGGCGCUGUGCCUGAUGGCGCCGCAAUGAAUCUCACAGUGCGCUGGGGAGGGUUUGAUGACAACGCUCAGAAGUCGUUUGUACUGCAGAUAACUUGGUAUGUCACUUUGCGUUGAUAUUAGACAGGCGUGGACAGGUGCUGUGAUUGGUGCGCUGUGUUAAUGCCCAUCUGCUACCUGCGCCGUAUCAUGCUGGCAUGCCUCUGGCAAUGACUUGUGAAGCAUUUACACUGCUCCGACAAUACACCGUUGGCGUCGAA